AUGCCAGCCUCCUCCAGCUCCUUAAGCCAGGCCCUCCAAGUGGUCGCUGUCCUGCAAUGGGUCUUCUCCUUCUUGGCGCUCGCCCAGGUUUGCUUGGCCCUGCUCCUCUUUGCACUCACGGGCCAGGCCUGGAGCCUAGCGGUCCUCUACCUGGUCUGGCUCUACAGAGACAGAGACACGCCGCGGACCGGAGGCCGGCGUUCUGCCUGGGUCCGCAACUGGGCAGCCUGGAGACUCUUCCGGGACUACUUCCCUAUCUCGCUUGUUAAAACCACAGAGUUGGAUCCUUCGCGCAACUACCUCUUCGGUUUCCACCCUCACGGGGUCCUGGUGAUCGGGGCCUUCAGCAACUUCUGCACCGAGGCCACCGGCUUCUCCCGCCUCUUCCCGGGCCUCCGACCCCACCUGCUCAUGCUGCCGUGUUGGUUUCGCUUCCCGAUCUUCCGGGACUAUAUCAUGUGUAGUGGUUUGGUCUCUUCAGACAAGGCCAGCGCCUCCUACCUACUGUCCAGACCCGGGGGCGGCCAGGUGGCGGUCCUAGCCGUAGGAGGGCCCCUGGAGGCGCUGGAAGCAAAACCCGGCGCGCUGAGUUUACGCCUCCGGAAUCAGAAGGGAUUCGCCAAGUUAGCGCUGGAACACGGGGCCUCCCUGGUACCGGUCUUCUCGUUCGGGGAGAACGAGCUCUUCCAGCAGGUCCCCAACCCUCCGGGUUCCGGGCUGCGGGCGGCGCAGGAAGCGCUGCAGUCGCUGCUGCGCGUGGCCCUGCCGCUGUUCCACGGCCGCUGGGGCCUGCUCCUGCCCUUCCGCUCGCCGGUGCACACAGUCGUGGGGGCCCCGAUCUCAGUGCAGACGACGCCGAGGCCCAGCCAGGCCCAGGUGGACGCGCUGCACGCGCUCUACGUGCAGCGGCUCACGCAGCUCUUCGAAGAGCACAAGGCGCGCUACGGCGUCCCCGCGCACCGCCACCUUGUCCUCACUUAG